AUGAAGUCGGUUAUCGUGUUCCUGGCUGUUUUGGCCGUUGGUUUCGCUGCGGAAGCCCAGGACUCCAAGAAGGAGAAGCGCGGAUUGUGGGAAGAGUCGUACGAUAACUACGGUUACGACAACUACGGCUACAACAACUAUGGCCUGGGCUAUGGCGAUUACGCGACGAAGGAGGUGAAGCACAUCGUCACGAAGAAGGUCCCGGUUCCUUACCCAGUGGAGGUGGAGAAGCACGUUCCGGUCGAGGUGAAGGUGCCGUACCCGGUGAAGGUAGAGAAGCAUGUGCCUGUCGUCGUGGAGAAGAAGGUCCCGGUGUACAUCGAGAAGAAGGUCCCAGUCCAUGUCGAUCGUCCAUAUCCAGUUCCGGUCAAGGUUCCUGUUGAGGUCCCUGUCUACAAGAAAGAGUAUGUCGAAGUCCCGAAACCGUACGCAGUUCAUGUCGAGAAGCCUUACCCAGUUUACGUGAAACAGCCCGUGUACGUCGAGAAGCAUGUCCCAGUGAAGGAAUACCACAACAAGCACUACUGGGGCUAA